CUUCGCGCCGUACGGUACCGCGAGACACCUCGCCGCUCCCGCCGCGAGUCCAUGUGAACGACCGACAGUUCUCUCGUUGUGUAAGGUGAACGAAGUUCGGCAAGCUGUACGCGCCGCAGGAAGACGACAUGUUGACGAUGGAGACGGACCUGAAGGGCGGCAGCCUGCACGCCACCGUGCCGCCGCACCACGCGCUCCAGCACGGCUACGGCUCUCUGGGCGCGCUCGGCGGCAUGAUGCUGCCGCAGCAGCAGCCGCUCUCGCAGCACCAGCCGCUACAGCACCAGCACCAGCACCACCAGCCGCUCGCGCAGCACCACCAGCCGCAGCCGCAGCACCAACAGACUCCCCACAACAACAACAAUAACACCAGCAAAAACUCCAACUCGGACAGAGUCAAGCGCCCCAUGAACGCAUUCAUGGUAUGGUCGCGCGGCCAACGCAGGAAGAUGGCCUCCGACAAUCCAAAAAUGCAUAAUUCGGAAAUAUCAAAACGUCUCGGUGCACAGUGGAAAGAUCUCUCGGAAUCCGAGAAACGACCGUUCAUCGACGAGGCGAAGAGACUUCGCGCCGUUCACAUGAAGGAACAUCCAGAUUAUAAAUAUAGACCACGGAGGAAGACGAAGACGUUAGCUAAGAAACAAGAAAAAUACCCUCUCGGAGGAGGAGCUCUUUUAGGAGCUAGUGAAGCGCAGCGCGCGUCGGCGCCGACGGCGCAACAGCCGCGCGAUAUGUACCAGAUGACUCCUAACGGUUACAUGCCCAACGGAUACAUGAUGCACGACCCGAGCGCAUACCAACAGCAAGCUUACGGAUACCCACGGUAUGACGUGUCUCAAAUGCAGCAAGGUGGUUACGGCGGUGGGUACUACGGCGGCGGACAAGGGUCGCCGUACCUGCCGCAGCCGCCGUCGCCGUCCGGGUACGUGCUGGGCCCCGGGUCGCCGGGCGGGUACGCGUUGCCGCCGUCGUGCGCAUCGCACUCGCCGAGCGGCUCCUCGGCCAAGUCGGAGCCGGUGUCGCCGGGCCCGCCGGGCAUGAAGCGCGAGUUCGUGCCGCACGAGCCGGCGCAGCUGAAGCGCGAGUUCGGCCACCACGCGCACCACCACGAGAUGACCAUGAAGCGCGAGUACGGCCAGCAGGACCUGUCGCAGAUCAUCAGCAUGUACCACGUGCCGGACGAGCAGCGGUACGCCGCCGCCAACGAGCGCGCCAUGCCGCUCAUCUGAGAAUCGCCCUUCGCGUGCGACAUCGACAUCCCGCCGCUCUGAGCGGGCUCGCACGCCAGUGACUUUGUUCCCAAUCGGUUCGGAUCGGACAGUGAUCGUUACUGCACAUACUGCUAGGUAUGUCCAUUUAUUUGUUUUAAGGACGCUGUUAGUGUUGCGCGUUGCUCGGCCGCCGUCGGCGAGGCGGCCGGGAGUUCAAUUAAAUGUUGUUGAUGACCUGUAUUAUAUUACAAUUAUUGUAUUUUUUCAUGGUUUUAAGUUAAAUAUUUUAAGAUGUGAUGUGCGGAUGAAUGAAAGGCGGCGUGACAGGUUGAGAGACGAUGUAGUGUUUGUGGUAAAUUGAAUACCAAAAAAAUUGAACAAUUUGUAAAUAUAGUGAUAAAGGCUAGAGUUAACGUUGGAGUUAGUCGUAAAGCGUAGGUAGAUAGUAAGCCGUGCCACGACGCCACUCGUACUCCCGUCGUGCUUUGUACAAAUAUUUGUUAUAUGGAAACGAACGUUAUAAAGCCUCGAAAGACUAAAAUAUUGUAAUACGAAAAUGUACAGUGAGUGUUAUAUAGUCAGUGGACACAAAAGUAUAUUGAAGAAAAGAUGAAGUUAUCAAUAAACGACGCGUUAAAAUGA